AUGUGGCAGUUUCAUGUUGGUUAUCUUGAGAAAACAGUAUAUAUCUACAUCCCUAAAGGCAGAAAUAUAAAUAUACAUGUUGAUAUUCUCAUCAACCCAACGUCAGUCCUUGCUCUUCACCAUAACCAGCAUCACGAGGCUAAGGAUUUAGUACGUGAAGGCAACUGAUGGCGACAUUGGAUCUACGCAAACACGAUAUUGUCAGCCGCAGUUCGUGUCUACCACCAUUUGUUGAUUUUAUGCCUUCACGCGCGUUUGAAGUACUUUUAUACAACUCUAUGAGUGGCGGAGUUUGUGACCAGAGACACCCCGCCAUUUCUUGGCAUCUCCACCCGCGCGGGAGCCAAUAAUUAGCCCCGAGACUAACGAGGGGCCGUUCGCCUUCAAACGCUAAUCCGAAAGAGGCGUUUGACGAAGGAGGUAAUCCGACAAUAGAAUAACGCUUAUGACGAGCAACCUCACCGCCGUCGUGGUAUAGGCUCGUUGACGACGGAAGACACUUUAAUGUAUCCACAGCCGCACCGCCGGUGGCUUGGGUAAUUGUCAGCGCCAAAAUCCUUGAUGUCGUGUUUUUCCGCAAACAGCUUGUGCCAAUGCCGACAAACUCCAUGGAGCCAAUGAUAAUUACAAAGACGUUGACGAUCGGCAGUGAUUGAUAUCAGGACAACAGGAUGAGAAGUAACAAUAGACCUCGUAACUUCGUAUAUUUCCCUAUCUCAAUGAGCUGUCAUGAGAGGAAACUAUAAAGUCAGCCACUUCCUCUGACAGUUGUCAUAUUCUCUAUCUCAUCAGCAGCUUCCUUUAAUAUCUCCGAGGCAUCAAUAAUAAUAUUUCGAAGUCUCUCAAUCUUCAAUAUCUUUAAUCAUGCUUCCUCGAUCCCUCCUGCUCCUUUGCUCCAUUGCCAGCGCUGUGGCGACGGGCGCGUGUACUGAUGGCAUCUACAACCCGCCUGUGGGAACGUCCUUUGUGACCGUCAACACCAAGGUCGGAAUGCCUUAUAAUAUCACCACCCCCGAUGGAAUCGUCGCAAUGGUGCCUAUCGCAACUGGCAAUAUUAGCGGCCAGUUCAAUGGGCAUCUCAUCGCAAAUCUGUCUGCCGAGACUGAGAGGUUGUUGAAUUCGAAGACUGGAACGUACAGCACUGUUGAGACGAGAUGGGUGUUUGAGAACGAUAAGGGCGAUCGGAUACUAGCCGACAUGAAAGGACUGACGACUUACUCUGCGGCAGCUCUCCAUGGAUUCGGUACUGCUUACCUUUCCACGGAAGUUGAGGAAUUCUAUUGGGUUAAUUGGGAACUUUUCCUUAUCGAGUGGCAGGGCAGCUUCAACACUGGUGAUGCCAAGUUUGAGUUCUUUCAGAUCACUACUGGUGGACGCAAGGAUGGCCAGCCGAUUCCAAAUUAACUUCUGGUCGCUGAAAUACGGGGUGAUGGGCGGCUAAUCAAAUACUUAGACGCCUUAAUUGUUGCAUAGAGUUUAUAUUUUCGGGUGUAUUCCUCAAUUUGGGUGGAUUUGAAAUGUUACAUUUUAGAUUUGCCGCAUAUAAAAUUUAUAUUGCUAAUUCUAAAGGGAUGACGAUUUUAAUAUCAGACCAAC